AUGGCCGCUGCCGGUGGUCUAUUGCAGCAAGGAGGUUGUGUUGGGGAAGAAGAACAGGGAGUGGGGGUAAGGAGAGGAGGUGGCAGCGGCUGUGUUCGUGAGUUGGGAGCGGAGGAGGGAUUAGGAAUAUCUGUGACUUUUGUCUGUAAGGAUGGUGAGGAAAAGCUUGUUGAAGUUCCUAUUGGAAUGUCAAUGCUAGAGGCUGCUCAUGAGAAUGACAUAGAGCUUGAAGGAGCAUGUGAGGGCUCUCUUGCAUGUUCGACAUGUCAUGUGAUUGUAACGGAUGUGAACUUCUACAACAAAUUGGAGGAUCCUGUGGAUGAAGAAAAUGAUAUGCUGGACCUUGCUUUUGGGCUUACAGAUAUAUCUUGCCUUGGUUGCCAAGUAGUUGCAAGCCCUGAUCUUGAUGGCAUACGAUUGAAACUGCCAGCAGCAACCGUACAUUUUAAAGUUGAUGGGUAUGUUUCAAAAUCACACUGA